GGGGACUCAACAUGACUUGGCUUGGACCUUCAUUCUUCCUUGUCCUGGCUGUGUCCCACUGCGCCGUCUACAGCAGACCGACAGGUCUCCACCUGCGUAACAUGGUCAGCUUCAUCAGUGCCGUAGAGCAGGUUGAAGGCUCCAACCCCGGCCUGCCCCCGCUGGCGCUGGUCAGGGCCCUGCGGAGGACCGCCGGCCAUGACGAUGCACUAACCAUACAUUACCUGGGUGCCUCAAAUAACCUGAGUGACGCUGAGGUCCUAGAGACAGCUGUGCUAAAUGCCUCGUCCUUUAGCUUUUUUGACAAAGCCAUCCACCAUAUUGUGACAGAUCACGGAGAAGAACGAGGGGUUGUCCUAGUGCCAGAUGGCACCACGGUAGCCCUGAUGCCUCUGCUGCUGGGUAUCGAGGUGGGGCUGAAAGCCAAGAUGGAGAUGACACCAGCUGAUGGGUUGUUCCCGCUCACAUUACUCAGAAGUCUGGGCCUGUCCUUCCUCAGUCUCCAGGAUUUCCCUCCGUCUCAUCGCCUUGGGCCAAAAGGCUGCUGGGACAAUGUGGACCAGCCAAAGGUCUACAAGCUGUCUUGGCCACCCACUCUUGCCACAGAUUCUCUAAUCAAUGGGGGCAUGGAUGGAGCUAUAUUGGGAAAUGACAUCAGCAAUCUCUCUGCAUCUGAACAACCGCAACCUCUCAGUCAGAUUUUGAAAAGUUACUAUAGUUAUGUCCUGCAUGAGGGACAGGGCCUUGAUGCUGUAACUAGGCAUGUUAGCCCAAGGCGAAGGGAGAUCUCAAGAUCCAUACUGGAGCCCCUUCAUCCUGACAGGCUGGUGAUGGAGACACUAGAACUGGUCUGGAAGUUGGAGAAGACAGAAUGGAUUGCUCAGGACCAUGGAGUGGAGAAGGCAGUGAAGGAUGGAUGGCAGGCGUUUGUCCACAAGUACUGGGACUGCCCUGCAAUCAUCUCUCGGUGUCAGUGGGGGGCCCAAGCCUACCGUGGCACACCCCUCCCACUGUCCCUGCCACUCCACUUUGUGUACAUCCACCACACCUAUGAGCCAUCUUCGCCCUGUUUGUCCUUUCCACAAUGCUCUAGAGACAUGAGGGCCAUGCAGCGCUUCCACCAGGAAGACCGCGACUGGAAUGACAUUGGAUACAGCUUUGUGGUAGGCUCUGAUGGCUAUGUCUACGAGGGCAGAGGGUGGAACCACCUCGGCACACACACCAGGGGGCACAACUCCAAGGGGUUCGGCGUGUCAAUCAUUGGUAACUACUCAUCCAACUUACCAUCCCGCCAUGCCAUGGGUCUGUUGCGCCACCGUCUGGUCCAGUGCGCGGUGGAUGGAGGAAGACUGGCUGCCAACUUCACCUUCCUCGGACACAGACAAGUGGUGAACUACACUCUCUGCCCCGGAGACGCCCUCUAUUCAGAAAUCAGCAGCUGGGAGCACUUCAGGGUACGAUAG